AUGGCAAUGGUGCGAGCCUCCAAAAACAUUGUUUCUUAUAUUAGAGAAUUAAAACCCCGUAAAGAUACGUCGCGUAUUGAAGUUAGGAUUGUUCGGUUAUGGAGAAACUAUAACAAAGAAUCAGGAAACACCAUUGAAAUGGUUUUUGUUGAUAAAGAAGGGACAAGAAUUCAUGCUUCAGUUGGUGAACAACUCAUCAAAAAAUUCGAUGACAAGCUACGCGAGGGAGAUGCGAUUGUCGUCCAGUUGUUCAAAGUGUACGAUGCUAUUGGUGAAUACCGUACGACGCCACAUCCAUACAAAAUUGGCUUCUUUCAAACAAUAUUUGUUGGAAAAGCUGAUGAUUUUCCAAGUGCAGUUCCCAAAAAUUAUUUCGCGGACUUCUCCGAUAUUCUUGGUGGAAAUCUUGAUCCUGUUUGUCUUCCUGAUGAUUCACUUGCUCUUACAAACAACGAUAGUAGCCAAUGGUCUGUUGGUACUGCUACAUCUAUUCGUGCCAGGUUUUUUGUUCUUAAUGAGAUGCUGACCAUAAGAGAGAUCAUUGAUAGUACUCUGGUUGGCACUUUUGUCACUCUGGGGACUAUAGAAACAAUUGAUACUGAACGUGGUUGGCAAUAUUUAAGUUGCAAAUACCAAAACAAAAAAGUGAUGCCUACAACCAAAGUUGAUGACAAUGACCGGCCCUUGUUCUUCUGCAAUACAUGUGAUAAAGAACACAGUGAUGUCAUUUCCAGCGGUGAGGCUAAUUUUCUUUUGUUUGAUGCUAAUGCUCAACAAAUUGUGCGUCAUUCUGCCGCUGAACUCUAUGACGAGAAUGAAGAUGAAGACUUCUUACCAGAAGCAGUUAGCGAUCUCUUUGGUAAGAGAGUCCUUUGUGAGAUUUCAGUUGAUGCUGGUAACAUCAAAGGAAAGAGCUCUCAGUAUGUUGUUCGAUUGGCUACUGAUGACCGUGAAAUGGUUGAGGAAUUUGCUGAUUUGCCUCCUAAACCGGUCCUAAUGUUGGAGUCCACAGAUGAUAUUUCCUCUGGUUCUGGUGGUUUUACAGCAACUCCUUUGUCCAAAAGAAAAAGCGAACAAGAUGAAGACAGUUGCCUUGAGGAUCAACACUCUGUUAACAAGAAACUCUCUCAAAAGAAAUUUAAGGGCGAGUGA